AUGACUCAACCGGCAACUCCUCAACUCCCGAUUGAAGUCUGGCAGCUAGUAAUGGACACCGUCCGCCGCGCGACCAACUACGAGACCUUCUACUCCGAUCACGUCAACUAUCGCUCCUGGGCACUCGUCUCGCGUGCAUGGGGGACGUGUGCCCAGACUGUCCUCUUCCAUACCACUGAGCUCCUGGACAAGGAGCGAUUGCACCGGUUCAUUGCCCUGCUCGAUGACGCGCCACACCUCGCGCCCUACGUGAAGACCCUCCGGCUCUACAGCCGGCAUAUGCACAUCAUAGACAACGUCUUUGGCUUGCUUCCACUCAUACCAAAGGACCGUCUCCCCAAACUCACGUCCAUUCUCCUUACGCGCAUUACGGAGCAGGAUACAUGGCACCCUCAGCUUUACCUCUCGUAUGUUACGUUUCAGACGUUUAGCGACCUUACGCGGGUGUUGGACGCGUUCGCGAACCUGCGAGUGCUGUCGUGCCUGGACGUGCGGUGGUGCGAGCUCGGGGCGCUUCCAGAGUGCUUGGCGGGGACAGAGGUGUUCCUGCCCAAGUUGGAAGACCUUACAAUACUAUACAUGGGUCUCCACGAAGUCGAACGCCUCCUCUCCGCACUCGGGCGCUCUUCCUCCCUCAAGGAGCUCUACGUCGACUGCCCGCACUACCACCCCUUCACCAUCUAGACCGACCCUCCAACGUCAGCAGACCCGGCAACAGGCACGCCCUAGGCAUUGAUCUCCGGCCGUUCUCGCACCUCGCCGUGCUCUGGCUCGCGCUUCCGUACACGCGCGCUGUGUGCAGGGACCUCCCGGACAUUGUCACGUCUCUGCUCCGGAUGUGGGACCCCACGAAGGUGAGCGUGGAUCGGAGAAAGCUGAUAUUGACCUCGUCAUACGAGUCGGACUUCACGAGGAAGGAGUUCGCGGACUUGCUGAGGGUGCUCGGGCCGAUUGUUGAGGACGUCCUGUGCCCCGAUUGUACAAAGAACAAAGGCAAUGGAGACAUGGAGGAGGAAGGGCCACAGAGCGAGGUCGGUGUCGCGAUCGAGGUGUGCGUCGUGGACAAGCAGGCGAAGUACGAGUGGUGGCGUGCGGAAGCGUGUACGGGCUUCACACGUGCGCGCGGGAGGUUGGAAGUCAAUUUCGAGAAAUCGUUCUGGCCGGAGGCACACUGGGAAGACUAUGACGAUCUAGAGGGGAAUCCCGCAACGCCUCACAUAGUGACUUCGUGGAACGGUGCUGGGAGCGCGCCUGGGGAGGACACGGUGCAGGCCCUCGACGGGAGCGAGUUGGAGGCUCUACACGAGAGUGCGGUGUCCUCCGGUGUUCUGGCUAGGGGCCGAUCGUCCCGGAGAAAUAAGCACCUGCAGCCCUUCAAGCGGGUGUUGAGCGUAGUGCGACGAAGCUUCUUGCGGCUCAGACUGGUUCGCGUGCCGUGGUGUAGGAGAGCCAUGGUGCCCAUGCCCAGGACACUUUCGGGCACUUAAGCUCGUUGCUUCGCUACUUGUCAGGAGGUCAACGACACCCCUCAGUCGCGCACACACUCACUAGUCGUACCACUUCGUCGACCAUUUGGAACCCUUCAUGUAUGAUCUUUUGGUUGUGUAGCCCCCAAUCUUUUGCAAC